UAUGUGAACUUAAUCGCCACAGCGCAUCUGUUACACAGCUACUAUGAGUGGAGUUGCAUGUACUUCUUAGACAAGCACAUGAAAAGCAUGAGAAGUUCAACGAAACAAAGCGUGUCCUCCUCAUGUUAGCCAAAAUGUCCCCUGUACACAGAUGGUUCAGCUGGUAAUUUAUCCUAAGUGGGUUCUUUGAGAUCAACAAAGAUGAGCUGAGAUGAAUCUGUCCUCAACUAUUUGGAGAUGCAUAAUCAUACUUCUCAGUUUUUCCAUCAAGCGUUGCCCUCUGCUCCCUGCUGGCUGCCAGCGCUUCAAUGAACUUGGCUACCUGACAGUAGAGCCAGCUCCCCUCUUCAUCAUAGGCUCAAACCUGACAGUGUACUGCCACAUCACAAACUGUCAACAGACACAGGAAUGGUUCAAAAUAACCCUGGAGCUGAAUGGUGAGGCUGUGGAUGAUUGGAAGAAAGUCAACUGCACCACGGUGAUGUUCAAUCUGCCCAGUGUCUGGAUGCCGAAAUCUAUAGUGCUCUGCAAGCUGAAGAGCAAUCAUCUGUCUCAGAUUGUCAGUGGACUGGAUCUACAUGGUGGGCUCCCUCCAGAUAAACCUAAAAAUAUUACUUGUGAAAAGACAAGGAACUCAGACUUUAUAGACUGCUCAUGGAAGAGCGGACGGGAAUCGCACCUCUCUACUGUCUACAACAUUUCAGUCAACAGAGAAAAUGGGACACAGAUACAUUUCGACCAGAUCCAGGAUGCUGAAGAAAUCACCAUACCGCAAGGGAUUUUAGUUAAAAAUACUAAAUACCAGUUGAUCAUCACUGCCCGCAACCACCUUGGUGUAUCGCAGUCUGAUCCAUUCAUCCUGUGUGUAAAGGACAUAGUGAUACCAGAGACCCCUCAUAUUAUGCAGAUAGAAUUUUGGAAUAGCUCCAUAGCAGCUGUGUUGCAGUGGAAAACCACUGAGUCCUCAGUGGAUCUGAGGCCCUACAUCAGGCUCCGCACACACAAUGGCUCCUGGGAAGUGAGAGAGGAAACAGAGCUUGGUGAGGGCCUGAUAAGAGUGAACAACUUGAGGCCUCUGACUGAAUACGAGUUCCAGAUGAGAACAUGUAACUCAGCAUCAGGACUGACACAUGCCAGCACGCUCAGAUCCACAACCAGGUCAACCUCCAGCAAAAGGUCGCUCUGCAGCAAAUGGAGCACGUCUGUGACAGGAAGAAGCCCUGGAAAAGGUCCAUCUCAGCUGCUCCAUGUGUGGAGGGUAUUCAGCAGCCUCAGGACAAAUAGGCUGUGGAACUUGACUGUUAUGUGGAAGCCUCCACCUACAGAGGACUACAGUGGCGAGGUGCAACAAUACAAAAUCUUUCUGGCUUAUGAUCAGAAACAGGAAGUGUCCUGUCCCGCGACUUCGAGCCAGUGUUCAGUUCAGGUACCAGCAGAGGUUCAGGCACUGACCGUCAGUGCUGUCACCUCAUAUGGGUCUUCUCCACCAGCUGAUGUGCCACUCAGAGACUCAGGUGUUUUUGGACCUGUUCUGAGAGAGUUGGCUCCUGCAGCUAAUGGCAGUGCUGUGUUUGUUUCGUGGUCGUGGCCGGGGACCACACAUUGGUCUACACCUGGAGGAGAACUGCUGCACUAUGUGGUAGAGUGGAUAAGUGUACCUGCGACAGAGCUGCAGUGGCAAAAGCUGGCCAAAAAUCAAAACAACACAUCCAUCACAGGUCUGGCUGCAGGUGUGAGGUACAAUAUCUCGCUGUAUGCUGUGACCACCAGAGGUGUCAGUGCUCCAUCAUCCGGCCUGGUCUACUCCAAAGAACGGAAACCUUUUUCUGGUCCCAACAUGAUGGUGUUGGUCCAUGAGGCCAGGCGGGUCCUGAUCCUUUGGGAUGAGCUGCCUGUAGACCAGCAGAGGGGCUUCAUCACACACUACACCCUCUGUGUCCAGACGCUGGACUCCAGCAACACAGCCCUCAAUGUGAUGGUGUCUGGCUCUGGCCCCAGACAGAUGUGGGUGGACUGUCCUGAAGGAGCUCUAGUUCUGCAGCUGACCGCAUCCAACUCAGCAGGAGAAGGGCCGCCGGGGAGCCGGGUCUUCUCUCAACCUGAAGCCCCUGCAGCUGGCCUGGUGAUUGUGAUUGUUUUAAUCAUCACCCUCUUCAUAACAGUAGUAGCCAACCUGAUGUGCUGGAGUUGUGUGAGGGAAAGGAUUAAACAAAAAUGCAUAUCCUGGGGACCUGCCUGGCUUGUUCAAAACUUACCCAAACCGGGAAACAGUAAUGCCAUCAGACUACUGGAGCAGGAUGGAAGUGAACUGUCCUUCUCGUCCACCUACAGUGACCCUCCACUGUCACCCAUUACUUUGAUCUCCUGGGAGGAGAGGACCAACGUGUAUCCCAACUUCCACGUCGAAGAAUCCCAGAUUGGAUCAGGACAACUCACGGCACAGACACCUUUACUAGCGUCGGAGACCGGGACAAUGCUUGUUGACAGCCAGCUGGAACAUGUCAACUACAAACCCCAGAUUUCUAUGUUGGCUUCACAAGGAGAGGAGGUGAAGGAGACAGAAGCGGAGCAGAGAGAAAUACCAGCAAGUGGGGAGGAAGAUAUAUGUUCAGGUGUAUUUGGAGGAUUACUGGGAGAAGUGCUGUCCAGUGGUGAGGUGGAUUUCUCUGAUUCACCCCUGGGACCGACUCUCAGCUCUGUUGGAGGCCUUCUGUGUCCUAAAAUUUCUGAAACAGCAAGUGUCUUGACUAGAGGCUUGUUGGUGGGGAGGAGGGGGACUGAGAGCGGGGUGGAAGCGGACUCUCCCUCUCUGGAGUUACAACAGGGUCACAGAAUGACUCCUGACAUGGCAGACACUUUUUUGUCUCAGUAUAGCGUUGAGACGACAAUCACUGGCGGUUACUUCCCUCAGGUCGUUGCUGCCAGCGCCACUGCACUCUGCGACACGGAGAGGUAGCUGGGACGAUGGUAACGACACAGACAGGACAAUCUGCACUACUAAACUAACUUUCAAGAAAGCAUUACUCAAGCACCACUUCACCAAGUGAAGACCUCAAUGACUUUUUUCAGAUCAGAGGAAACUCAUGCUUCAGAUGAUCUAUAUCUAUAAUCAGCUGUUUAGAACCAAGUGAUACAAAUGUGUAAAUUGAGUUUGAUUAAAGGCCAUUCUCAUAAAUGUGUAGCAGUUCCUCACUGUUGUUAUGUUGGCACCAUCUUUUCUAAAGACAUGUUUAACUAAUGGUUUUGAUAAAGGUAAAUAAACAAUUUAUUGAUGCUUUAAAGAUCAGUAGUAAUGGUACACAUGUUCAUGACCCCCUCAGGAUAAAUUAUAAUAUCUUUGGCGAUCCUCUGACUUUUCCUCUAGUGCCAUCAUCAGGUCGAAACUUUAAUUUGCCCAAGGCUUUGGCUCAAGACCAAUUACCUGAAAAACUAAUGACAUUCCCAUCAGCCUCAGCUUAUUGAGUGUUUAGCGCAAAUGUUAGCAUCCUGACAUGCAAUUAAAAUGGUGAACAUAGUAAACAUUACACCUGCAUGUAUGCCGGUGUAAUGUUUUUCACAACCUGGCAACCAGACUGAUGUUCUUACAACGGGUUUAUUUCUGAGUUAUAAUUCAUA